AUUUUCCGUUUAAUCCGUUUGUACAUUAUGAAUAAUCACCAUUGUUCCCUCUCAAACGUUUUCUUCUCUUUACAACCUCAAAUUUCAACCUUCAACCUUAACUAGGAACAUUUUACAUGUUUUUUAUCUACGUAUGUUUUGGUUCCAUGUUUUAGUUUUUUGAAGCCAAACUCAAUCUUAGCAUGUUUUCUUGGGGCAGAAGAUUCCAACAGUCUUUAAGGCAUAACAUUAGGCCGUUGUGUAGCCAAUCACAACGCACCACGUCAUCGUCUUCGUCUUCUACAUUGAGCUCUUUUGGUGGAUCCAGAAAUGAUGGAGAUUUUGAGUAUUUUCUUAGAUCAAUAACUUCUGGAGUUGCGGUUGUUGGGUCUACAUUAGGUUUUUGGUAUUGGUCCUCUUUAUCUUCUUCUGGUGCUAAUGAUAAUAAUAACUCUUUGCAUUCUUUCUCCGAUUAUGCUAGUGAGGAUCAGUUUGAACCAAACUAUGGAAAUAAAUCUAAGUUCCUCUUCAAUGAUGGUUUUAGGAGAAGAGUGUUUUUCAAUUAUGAAAAACGGAUUCGCUUGCAAAGUCCACCAGAAAAGGUAUACGAGUAUUUUGCGUCAAUUCGAACCGCUGGUGGUGAGAUUUUUAUGACACCUGCAGAUUUGAUGCGUGCUGUUGUUCCUGUCUUUCCUCCUUCUGAAUCGAGCCGUGUUAGAGAGGGUUUUUUAAGAGGGGAGCAAAUUCCCGGCGCGUUGCAAUGUGAUCCUUCUAAAUUCUUUAUGCUCUUUGACACGAAUAAUGAUGGACUAAUUUCUUUUCCAGAGUACAUAUUUUUUGUUACUCUUCUCAGUAUACCAGAAUCCAGCUUUUCGGUCGCGUUUAAAAUGUUUGAUAUCGACAAUAACGGAGAAAUAGAUAGGGAAGAAUUCAAGAAAGUUAUGACCUUGAUGCGAUCACAAAACAGACAAGGGGCUAACCACAGAGACGGACGACGCCUCGGCGUUAAAAUUUCAGUAGAAAACGGCGGUCUCUUGGAGCAUUUUUUUGGCAAAGACGGAAUGAACUGCCUGCAACAUGACAAGUUUGUUCAAUUCUUAAGAGAACUACAUGAUGAGAUCUUGCAAUUAGAGUUUUCACAUUAUGAUCACAAAAAAAGAGGAACCAUUUCAGCCAAAGAUUUCGCACUGUCCUUGGUUGCAUCUGCAGAUAUCAAUCACAUAAACAAACUGCUGGAUAGAGUCGACGAAUUAGACAACAAGCCACACAUAAGAGACAAAAGAAUUACGUUCGAGGAGUUCAAAGCUUUCGCAGAAUUGCGCAAGAAGUUGCAGGCCUUCUCUCUGGCCAUAUUCAGUUAUGGAAAAGUUAAUGGAGUGCUGGCAAAAAAUGAUUUUCAAAGAGCAGCAUCUCAAGUUUGUGGCAUAGAUAUUACAGAUAAUGUGGUUGACAUAAUAUUUCAUGUGUUUGAUGCCAACCGUGAUGGGAUCUUAAGCUCAAACGAGUUUAUUCGAGUUGUACAAAGAAGAGAAGAGAGUUUAUCGGGUUAUGGCAUUGGGGGUAUGCUAUCAUGUUGGUUGCAGUGUUUAGCUAGUAAAUGUUAAUGAGCAGAGCAUCCACUUUCACCUCUCAGAAACUAAAAGAAGGGUGAGAUAUGCAUCAUAUGCAGCAUCAAGUUAGAGGAACAUGUAGAAGGUUCAAUCCUGUAGUAAUGUAGAUUUGCAAUGACAGUUUUAAACCAUGACGAUAUAGCUUCUGUCCGCUCGGAAAUGCACAGAUUCAAGUCGUCGUGUCUCGAUAAUUGACAACUUGUACAUACUGAUUCUUUUGCUUCUAUUGGUCUUUUGUUUGUAUUUGGUUAUCUUACUAUAGUGUUAAUGCUUGUAAUAUAAGGUUUAACCUACAAUGAUUAGAUUAGUUAUAGAAAGUUUAACUACA